GUUUUAUUUUAUUCACGUUACAAGUACCUAUGCCAAAGUAUGCUUUCGUGGUGAAUUAAUUCAUUUUCUUUUAAUUAUUUGUACUGGAUUAGGAUUUGUACUAGGUAUUUGUGUAUAUAAUGAUAGUGUGUGACAUAUUACAAAAGUUAUUAAGUUGUGUUAUAAAUCAUAUUUAAAUUGGCUGCGAUAUCCCUGCAGAAGUGAUUUGUGUUUUUCUUUACGAUUGUGAUUACGAAGUUGAAAUGACCAACCAAGAUCCAGGACCAGUGCCAGAUCGGUGGCUUCAUUGUCCACGGAAAUCAUCAGGGUUAAUAGCCGAAAAAUUCUUAGCAUUUAAGACGCCAUUAGGACCUAAAUUCAAUGAUAAAUUACCUGAAUGUAAUCGGUUUACGCCAUCAAUGUUAUUUAGUUAUGUGAAAGACCUAAAGUUGAAACUUGGGCUGUGGAUUGAUCUCACGAAUACCAGUCGUUUUUAUGAUAAAAAGGAAAUUGAAAAAAUGGAUUGUAAAUAUGUAAAAUUAUCCUGCCGUGGUCAUGGAGAAACACCUUCUGUGGAACAAACUAGGGCUUUUAUAAAGAUAGUGAAAAACUUCAUUGCCCAGAAUCCUCUAUUGAUUAUUGGAGUUCACUGCACUCAUGGAUUCAACCGGACAGGUUUUCUGUUAGUCUCGUACAUGACAGAAGAAUUGGAUUGCAGUGUUGAUGCAGCUCUUGCGGUGUUUGCUCACAAAAGAGACCCAGGCAUAUACAAACAGGACUAUAUACUGGAGUUAUACAAACGUUAUGAUGACGAGACCCAAACCCCAACUGCUCCGCCAAGACCAGACUGGUGUGAUGAGGAAGAAAUUGACUAUGAUGAUGAUGAUGCUCCAAGCUUUUCUCAAUCGUCACACCAUGCAACGGCACAUAAGAAUGCAAAAAACAAAAAGCGUAAGAAAGAGACUAACUACAAGAAAGCGUCCUUCAUGCCGGAAGUGCACGGUGUAGAGCCAUUCGACAGCCAGCCCCGUCUUCUGCAAGUGCAGCAAAAAGUGCAGCAGUUCUGUAAAUGGGAGUCCACUGGAUUCCCUGGCUCUCAACCCGUGUCUAUGGACAUGGAUAAUAUAAAGAAGCUGCAUAAGAAACCGUAUAGGGUGUCGUGGAAGGCGGACGGAGUGAGGUACAUGAUGCUAAUAGAGGACAAGGAUGAAGUGUAUAUGUUGGACAGAGACAACUGCGCGUUCAAAGUGCACGGCCUGUACUUCCCGCACAACAAGGAGGACCGCCAUCUCAGAAACACGCUGCUUGACGGUGAGAUGGUAGUAGACCACGUGGACGGCGAGAGCAAGCCGCGCUUCUUGUGCUAUGACAUCAUUCGGUUCGAAGACCAGAACGUUGGCAAGGAACCUUUCCACCCCGUUAGGAGUAGCUGCAUACAGAACGAGAUUAUUAGCCCGAGGGACCGCGCGAUAACCAGCGGCGCGAUCGACAAGACCGCGGAGCCGUUCCGCGUGGCGCUGAAGGCGUUCUGGGACGUGGCCGUCGCGGAGCGGCUGCUCGGCGAGCAGUUCGCGCGCUCCCUGCACCACGAGCCCGACGGGCUCAUCUUCCAGCCGGCCAAGGAGCCCUAUGUGCCCGGCCAGUGCGACGACGUAUUGAAGUGGAAACCGAGCGAUAUGAACAGCGUUGAUUUUCGCCUGAAAAUCGUCUCCACGGAAUGUGGCAUAAAAAAAGUGACGGAAGGCUACUUAUACGUCGGAUCAUUGACAAGGCCGUUCGCAGUUAUGAAGAACGUCAAGAACAUAAAACACUUGCACGAUAAAAUCAUCGAGUGCAAGUAUGAGGACAACAAGUGGGUGUUUAUGCGCGAACGGACGGACAAAUCGUUCCCGAACAGCUUUAAAACGGCUAUGUCUGUAUCGAAAAGUAUACAGAACCCGGUGACAAAGGAAUAUCUUCUACAUUAUAUAGCGCGCUACAGAUACCAAGUCGAUUCCGAACACAUGCCGCCACCGAAACGGAGAAGAUAAACGUUCGGAAAUAAUAAAGAUAUUAGAUGUCAAAAAACGUGUAUAAAUUCUCAUUGUUAUUAUUUAAGUACACACGGUAUGUUUACUACAAAAUAAAUUGUAUGUUCCCUAUUCAUUUUAUUUUGCUAAAACUUGAUAUGAAAUCAGAAAUAUAUGAUCAAUUUCAAUUGCCAUUUAUUAAACUGUGUUUUGAAUACUUAUUAUUUAUUUUGUGUGAUGUUAAACGAUAUUCGUGAAGCAGUUAUACAUUUCUGUAUGUAAACCGACCUUUUUGUUGUAAUUUUUGCAAUGUGAAAUAAAUGUUCACAAUUUA